GUUACUUGUCAUUUCGAACAAAGUAGGCUUUUGCCUGCUCCGCACUUGAAAUUUGCCGUGGUUCAUGGUCAGAGGUAGAAACGCAAUUAUUUCAAUAACGCUCGAUUUGAUCGUUGACUUCCUAAACCAAAAUGCGAUAGCAUGCGCCAUAUGAUAAGGGUUAGAAGUUUUUCAUUUACAAGUCCACUUGUCGAGCUAGCUAUUAGCCAUUGGCUAACCAACUUCUGCUUUUGCUGGCUCAUGUGCCGACAGUGUGGUGUUUAAGUAGGCUGUCUUCGUCAACUUACCCGGGGACACUAAGGCAUAUACAAACUCAGGUCCAAUGUCCACUUAAGGUACAAUAAGGUAGGAUAUGGGUUUUUACAUCUGGUAGAUUUCUGUCACUGUCUCGACAUUCUCCGAGGUGACUGGAAGAGAAGGUUAACUUAGCUAGCUAGACUACAUAGCUCGCUAAUGAAUUGCACUAACCUCCAACAAUUAACGUGAAGCCUUUACAGUGAACCUCCGGUAAAUGUAAUACACUACUACUGGAACUAGAUAUUGCCUACCUAAAUAACGUUUACGUUUACAUUUGACGUGACUGACUGCCAUAUUGUGGUCUGCUUCUUUUGACAGCUGAGUUAGCUUGUGAAUACAAGGUCUCUUGUUCUACAGGAGUUUAAGGUAGCCUAUCCCACAUUCACUGUAAAUUCACUCUGACAACAUGAGCGGAGGCAAAGAAUUGUCUGCUGGCGACAUCAGUGACAAACAAUAUUUUGAAGUAGCUAAAGAUUCGGAGAAAGACCCGCAGAUUCAUUUCAUAGGUGGGCCACUGCCUUUAAAUGACAUUAAUGUAAGCGCUGACAAGAGGCAGCCAGUCACACGUUUGUACAAGAAACGUUGGCUUAUAGUGCUUUUAUUUAGCUCUUAUUCUCUCUGCAACUCGUACCAAUGGAUUCAGUACGGAAUUAUCAACAAUAUCUUCAUGAAGUUCUAUGGAGUCGAUACAUUCACCAUAGACUGGAUGUCUAUGAUAUUCAUGCUGACUUACAUACCCUUUAUAUUCCCGGUUACCUGGCUACUCGACAAAAAGGGACUGAGGGUUAUUGCGCUGAUAGCCACGGCUAUGAACUGCGUCGGGACAUGGAUAAAGGUGGCUAGCGCACGACCAGACCUGUUCGCGGUGACCUUUUUGGGUCAGUUCUGCUCAUCAUUUGCUCAAGUGUUCAUUUUAGGAAUGCCUUCGCGAAUAGCAUCGGUGUGGUUCAGCUCAGAGGAGGUUUCAACGGCGUGCUCAAUUGGAGUGUUCGGAAACCAGCUUGGCAUUGCCAUUGGCUUCCUAGUUCCCCCUAUCCUGGUGCCAAAUGUGGACGACAUGGACGAGUUGGCACACCACAUUCGUGUGAUGUUCUACAUAACCGCUGGUGUGGCUACUCUGCUCUUUGUCCUGGUGGUCAUUGUCUUCCAGGAGCAGCCUGAGAUUCCACCAACCCAGUCUCAGGUCACAGCCAGAAGCAUUCCCCCCGAGGACUACUCCUACAUGGCCUCCAUCAAGAGACUCCUCAGCAACAAGCCCUUCAUCCUCCUUAUCAUCAGCUAUGGCCUCAAUGUGGGCUGCUUCUAUGCCGUCGGCACACUGCUCAACCGCAUGAUUAUUGAGUACUAUCCAGGUGAAGAGGUCAAUGCUGGCAGAAUUGGGCUUACCAUUGUUAUCGCUGGAAUGGUUGGCUCCUUGAUCUGUGGAAUCUGGCUUGAUCGGACCAAAACCUACAAGCAGACCACUUUGGUUGUGUACGUGAUGUCCUUCCUCGGGAUGAUUGUGUUCGCUUUCACGCUCGACUUAGGGUACUUGUGGGUUGUCUUCAUCACUGCUGGAGCAUUAGGGUUUUUCAUGACCGGCUACCUACCUCUUGGCUUUGAGUUUGCUGUGGAACUCACCUAUCCAGAGUCGGAGGGCACAUCGUCAGGGCUACUCAACUGCUCUGCUCAGGUUUUUGGCAUCAUCUUCAUCAUCUGCGAGGGAAAGAUCAUCGAUUCCUACGGCAUUCUGCCCGGCAACAUUUUCCUCUGUGUUUUCUUGCUCAUCGGCACAAUCAUGACUGGCAUUAUCAAGUCAGACCUGCGGAGACAGAAGGCAAAUGCAUUGGCCAAGGAAGCUAGCGAACUCAAAAAGCCCCCACACGUGGACGUGACCCUCGUUUUGGAUCCUCAGUACCAUCAAAAACCUCUGGUGACAUUGACUGGGUACACACACACACACACACACACACACACCCGAGCCCAGAGAACCUUAUAUGAUAAAGACCCGUGAUCAGUGCUUGUCUUGAGGGGAUGGGCAGGUGGGCAGGACUGUCAGUGACUGACUGAAAAUCUCAAUUCUGGUCAAAUGAGAGCUCCUUCACAGAACAUAAAUGUCACGCCUUUAGGGAAAAGGU